AUGCAGAGGUCGCAUGGGAAAGUGACAUACACAAAUGCCCACGUUCUCACUGACAAACUGUUGUACUUGUUUAUUUUCUUCUCUCCUCUUAUUCGUUCGUCUCUCACUGGUGAUUUAGUUCAUUACGCAUUCAACCGUUGUACUCGUGUCAUAUAUGGGACUUCUGUAUCAGGUCGAGUGCCUCCUCCACCUAAUCAGCUGGCUGCACGCCAACGUACAUCCCAGAAAUACUGCACACGAAGUAUCGCAAAUGAGAUGAACCGUGACCACGUUGCCUGUGUAUCACACGCAGUUCAAUACUUUUCGGGAAGUUUGUAGUCCAAAUGGAUACUGACGACAGAGGGACAAGUUUCAACAUGGCGGCCUCCAUGCGGGCAGCAGAGCUAGCUCCGUGGUCGCGAAUAUUGAGCAUAUUCCCUGGAAAGUUUACUUUUGCCUUUUGCUAUGGCUCAGGUGCAUUGCCCCAGAAAGGAAUAACAAACAUGAAGAGCAACAUGCUGGACGUUAUCCUUGCUGUAGAUGAUCCCCUCACUUGGCACAAAGAAAACUUGGAAACAAAUUGGAAACACUACUCCUUUCUACGGUAUGGUGGGGCACAUCUUGUGAACAAAGUGCAGAAAGAUUUCGGUGCAUACGUGUACUACAACACUCACGUCCCUUACGACAGCGGUCAGAUGAAGUACGGCGUCAUAAGCACCGAUCGUUUGAUUACUGACCUGCUUGACUGGGAAACAUUGUAUCUCAGUGGAAGGUUACACAAACCUAUAAGAAUCCUUCAGGAGCCCACUCCUGAAAUUAGACGUGCAAUGGCCUUGAACUACAUCACCGCGAUCCAUACAGCUCUGCUCACCCUGCCUGACACCUUCACGGAAGAGGAGCUGUACCUGAAAAUCGCGGGCCUCUCCUAUGUAGGUGAUUUCAGAAUGAUAAUUGGCGAAGACAAGAACAAGAUCAACAACAUUGUGGGUGCACAGUUGCAAGAGUUCCGGAAUCUUUACAAGCCAUAUCUCAAGCUUACAAAGAUGAUACAGUGGAAUGAAACAAAUAACACUUUUGAGCAAGAUCCAAGUCCCGAUGCAAAGCUUCAUCACCUGAACCUACUUCCAAAGUCAAUUCAGUCUCAUCUACUAAAGAUUUGGAACAAGGAUGGAAGGCACAGAGACCUUGAGGAUGUUCUUCAAGCUGUUAGCCAUGACCCUCACUGCCAUGUCUUCAUUGAAGAAGCAAUAAGUGGCAUUGUCUGGAAGUACAGUUGGACACAAACUGCGAAAGGAGUUGUCACAGCAGGUGUUUGGAAAUCCCUGCACUAUGGAAGCAAGAAAAUCAUAAAAAUGUUCAAAAGCAUGAGCACCACACAACUAGGGUUUAAACUUUGAAACGUUGCGGAGUAGUUUUUAUUCGUGUUCAUCUUCACAUCGUGACAUCACAUGGUUGUGCUGCUGGUCAGAAGAAGUCAUUAGGUUAGUAAUGCAUGGUCAGCCAUAAGUUUCAUUAGGGAGGCAAGGAAGAACAUCAUCAACAUGCAAAACAGAACUCUUGUUUGGUUGUUACUUGACAUGCAGUGCAUAAGUUAUGAAAAUGUUUGUGGGUGGUUUUUGGGGGCAUUUUUGCUUGACUGUGUAGCAAGCAUCACGUGGAACUGUACUAGGUUAAUAAAUUAUAUCUAGUCUUUGUUAGA